AUGGGUGUACAAGUGCCGGAUGAGGCCCUUGGCACAGUGGUCGGCGUCUUGAUCUUUUCGCUUCUCUGCCUAACAUGUAGCAUCCUUAUGAUUUGGUUGGUUUGGGUACACCACGAACGAGAUUCUUUUGUCGCCAUGAUUGGCUAUUUCACCUUUUUGAGCACAAUUACGAGCAUCAUACAACAACUACACACGAUGAUACUGUGGGACGAUGUCAAAACGGUCCAGUGGGAGCAUGCUCGAGCCAAUAUUGGAAGCGUCGAGGUUGCCGUAGCAGGACCAUCCGUCGGCCUCGACCUCGUCCUUUUUUACAUACAAUAUUUUUCAUACAAUGUGGAAGCACUACUUACAUUAUUCUGGGCCGGUGCUCUGGCCCAAUCCAUUUAUGGCUUUGCAGAUAUAGCUGCUUUCAAGCGUGUCCGUCGGAGGGCAAAUGGAAUUGCCAAAUUGUUUGCAGUCGUUAUGCCUGCUACCCUAAUAAGCCUCCUUCAGCUGCCCUCGGUACGCAGCAGCUUUACAGGCUUCUUGGUCGUAGCCAACAUCAAUAUGAUUCUCAGCCUCACCCUUGGAGCUCUGCUUUUAUUAGCCAUCCUGAUUAAAUACAUCCAUACAAGACGACAAUUCUUGUCUUGGAACGUACAAUAUGGCAAUUCGACAAAAUCAAGCCAAGGUCGACGAAGGGCAGCAUCGAACCGACAAUCGGUCAUCAGCGAGCGCCCCCGCAGCAUCUACGACCAGUGGCUCAUGACCCGAUUCGCCAUAACCUUUAUUAUGCUCAGCAUCUUUGAGCUCUUCCUCAUCAUGUUCCAGGUGUCAUCGGCCAGAACCACCAUCCCAGCCGACGCCCCCGACCUGAGCGCCGACAAGGCCAAGUCCGACUUUGUCCUCUUCAUGCCCGGCUGUCUGCCCGGCGUCUUGCUGUUUGUCGUCUUUGGCACCACGACGCCGUUUCGCGACCACAUGCGCAAGACGUUUCUGCCCAAGCGGUUCCAGAAUAAAAUGACCACUCCCACAGACGCGGGGGCCGAUCAAGUCGCCCUCGCCACGUACUCGAGCCAGAAUGGCAAGUCGCUGCGGCCGAGCAUCAUGACGGACGAUGGUCCUCUGACGCCGACGGAUGCAACGACCAUUAUCCAGCUGCGCGAGGUGGAACUGCAUCGAAACUCCACCCGCAAAGACGACGAUGACGAGUGGCCAAUCUUGGCAACGACCACGCGGGUGAACAACAAUGUCGUCUGA